GCGGCGCCGGGUCGGAACGCGGCCCCAUAGAGCCCUCAUAGGGCUUCCGACGGGACCCACGGUGGAGGACCGGGGGGGGAGGGAACGGACCCUCAUGGCGGCACCCAGCGAGAGGCAACAGCGGAGGAAGAGGAGGAGGAGGAGGCGGAAACUCCGCCGCGUCCAAUGGAGGCCGCCGUGCCGAAGGUCCUACGGGGGGUCCGGCAACGGGAUGAGGACGGAAGCCCACGGGAGGAACUCGUGCCACGGAUGCGAGGUGGAGGAGCCCGCGUCCCGCCGGAUGUCCGUCACGGCCAGGAGGGUGAUGCGCUCCUUCGUGGCCUCCCUGUCCAGGGGUUUGGUCAGCGAUGCGGAUCAGCGCCGGCGGGAGAGGCGGGGGUCCUUCAUCGGGACCCUGGAACUCAGGGCGGCGGUGGAUGCGGCGAUGGAGGGCAGAGGGUUUCCCUGCCCUAUAGGGGAUGCCCUGCCUGCCAUGGAGCUGCUGGACACGGCGCUGUACCGCGACGUGAUGCACGAGAGCUACGAGACGCUGAUGUCCAUCGCUCAGGGCUUGGUGAACCCCAGAGCAGCAGCUGAGGAUGCUGUGGGGCUGGAGGAGGACGCUGUGGGCUCAGAGGAGCCCCCGAUGCUCCCGCCCCAAAACCCGGCGCAGAACCGAUUGCUGGGAUCCAACAGGCGGAAAGCGAAGCGCCCCGACAAAGCCGUCCCUAUCGGGGUCACGCAGACGCCCCCCGCCGCCCCGACCCCAAAACCCAACGGCGUGAAGCCGUCCCGGGUUCGGGACCGUCCGUUCGGCUGCCCCGAUUGCGGCAAAUCCUUCCCAUGGGCGUCGCAUUUGGAGCGGCACCGGCGGAUCCAUACGGGAGAGCGGCCCUACAGCUGCCCCGAAUGCGGCGAAUCCUACAGCCAAAGCUCCCACCUCCUCCAGCACCGCCGGACCCACAGCAGCGACCGACCCCACAAAUGCCAACAGUGCGGCAAACGUUUCUCCGGCGCCGCCGAAUUGGCGGCUCACAGCCGGGGCCACGCGGCCGAAAAACCCCACAAGUGCGGCGACUGCGGGAAGGGUUUCGUUUGGGCUUCGCACUUGGAGAGGCACCGGCGGGUUCACACAGGGGAGAAACCCUACGAGUGCCCCGAAUGCGGGGAGGCUUUCAGCCAGGGUUCGCAUCUGGCCAAGCAUCGCCGCAGCCACGCGGGCCGGCGGCCGCUCCGCUGCUCCCCCUGCGGGAAACGCCGAAGCUCCGAGCCGAGCCGCCAGCGCCGCCGCGGCCACGUGGGGACGAAACCUCCGCGCUGCGCCGACUGCGGGAAGCCUUUCCGCGCCGCGCCGCCUCUGCUGAGGCACCAGCGGCGUCACCGCAGGGAACGCGGCCACCAUCGCUGCGGGGAUUGCGGCAAGGGUUUCGCCUGGGCGUCCCACCUGCAGAGGCACCGCAGGGUUCACACGGGCGAGCGGCCGUUCCCGUGCGGGCUGUGCGGGGAGAGCUUCUCGCAGAAAGCCCAUCUGCUGCAGCACGGCAAGACGCACCGCCCCGAGCGGCCCUGUAAGUGCGGGGACUGCGGGAAGCGUUUCGAGGACGCGCCGCCCUUCCUGGCGCAUCGGCGCGGCCACGCGGCCCUCAAAUGCUUCAUCUGCGGGGACUGCGGGAAGGGAUUCGCCUGGGCGUCCCACCUGGAGAGGCACCGGCGGGUGCACACCGGGGAGAAGCCCUACGAGUGCCCCGAGUGCGGGGAAGCCUUCAGCCAGGGCUCCCAUCUCACCAAGCACCGCCGCAGCCACGGCCCCAAAGUGGCUUUGGUCCUCGUGGAGGAAGGGGAGGAGGAAGGGGUGGAGGAGGGAGGGAGCCUGCGUGGGGUGCCGCUGGGCUGCGGGGCCGAGGAGAGCCUGCGGCGGUGA